AUGCGCUCUUUUACCCAGUCACUCGUUGUACUUGUCUUCUCUCUUUUGACCUUGUUAGCUUAUACUGAAGGGUUAUCACCACGAUACAAGGCCCCUCUCGUCAACGAUUACCCGUUGCUCGAGCGAGGUACGGUGCCCAAGACUACCUUGUCUUCUAAAUCCAGCAGCUCAGCAAAAUCAACCCCCCCAGGACAUGCGAAGCCCACUUCUGGAUCUGAGAAGCCACCAGUUCCCCUAGAGUACAAAUCUUGCUUCGAUCGCAAUCGCCAUCCCUACACCUAUUCUUAUGAUCAUGGAGAAUACCACUUUAGUGGUCACGGACCUGGACCGAAGACUGGAAAGCCAUAUAAAACGAAAACGUCUUCCACUUCUCAAACGUCUUCCUGCCACAAAGGGCAUUUCACUUCCAAAGAGUCGUGCACCCCCAAAUCAUCCUUUACCUUGCAGACAACUAUCACCUCCACGACGUCUGCUUCAAGCUUUUCAAGCUCUUCACCCAAUACCACCUCAAUCACCCUCUCCACCAACACGACUUCGACCUCAUCCACUUCGGCCUCAUCUACCUUGCCCGCAAACACCACCGUUCCAGGCUGCGAGCCCGAACUUCAGCUGGAUGGAGUCUCUGAAUAUGGCUUCAAUAAGAAGGGUGUAGCCUUUUCCGUGAAGAUGGUGAGCUGUUCGAAUUUUGAUGUCGCCAAUACCACCGCCUUUUCUAAUUUCGCUCCGAUCGACAAUCUAACUAUCACACCUGACAGCAUUUUCUUCACCGGAUUCAACGACGACUACGUCCUGCUCUCCGUAUUCGCAUUGGACAACUACGGCAACGCAGUCAUGAAGUCAUAUCAACUCCAUUUUGGAAGCAUCGACAUGCCCGUCUUGGUCCUCGGCCCGGACAACCAGCCCGCCAGCGGCGUCCUGGUCUACGGAAACGCAACCAUCUACCCGGGAGUCAGCCAACAAUGCACCACGGACGCCUCCGGCAAAUGCACACUCACCAGCCUGCCUGCGACGACGAUCGGCCUCGUGGCGCGGACAGAGAGCAACUCGAUCGCGGUUGACGGCCUCGCCGCUACCACCGGUCAGGUCACGCUCAAGCUAAUGCCUUUCACUUCGCCGGCUGGGAAUUCGACGUUUGACGCCAAUAACGGGACGACAGGAUGGACGGGGGGCACUGUCUCGCAGUCGAUGAAAAUCAAGAGAGACACGACGCUCACGCUGAGCACGGCGGGUCAGUCCAGCCUGCAGAGCGCGAGCAAUAGCUUCAAUGUGCGCCCCUUCACCAAGACGGCGUACAUAAGGUACAAAUUCAUCACUUCGGAAGUGCCGGGUGGGUUCUUCGGAACUCAAUUCAACGACUACUACUCGGUGACCAUCCGCUCCGAUACGGGCGCCUACGUCUCCGUCACCAACAGCAUGAACGCGCUGGGACUCGGCGCGUUUGACGCCAACGGCGCGACCGACUGGUUCACGCUGCGGCUCUCCGUCCCCGCCAACACCAAGUCGGUCGAGUACGACAUCGGAGUGUCGAAUGUGGCGGACAGCCUGUACGACUCCUCGGUGGUGGUGGACAAGGUCGGCGACCUCCAGUGCGACAAGUGCGGCGACUGCGCUUCCUGCCCCAGCGAUCCCAUGUGCCAGGCCAGCUGCAUCAACCCGCCGCUGAAGAGCUGUGACUUCUACCGCAACUGUGCCGAGGGCCAGCUCGCGUGCGGAGCGGGAGGCUACCCGCUCGCGUACGGCGAGAAGAACUGCAACCGAUUCACCAACAACCUGAACUGCUUCGGCGCCGCGGGUCAGGACUGGAUCUUCGGCACCAUGCACUGUCUGCAGACGGCCAUGGUCCCCGUCCUCCAACCCUGCACCGCCACCUGCUCGUCCUUCCAGGCCGCCGCCUUCGACUCGCACCCGCGAUGCUACGUCGACAACGGCUUCUGCGGCCUCCAGUGUCCCGAUAUCCUGGCCGUGCUGAUCACGGUCAACACGGAUCUGGUGAGCUUCCAGAGCCUCCGGCAGGUCGCGCAGACGGCCGGCCUCUGCAUCGACAAUCUGCUGCAGACGCUGAGCGGCUGCAGUGGCGAUGUCGUGUUUGGGGCCGCCGCGGGCGGUCUGGCGGGGGGAGGGCUGGCGAAGACGAUUGCGCUCACGGUGGCCAUCACGUUGUUGAAGAAGGUCGCUGGGACGUCGUAG